AUGGCAACUCUGAAAGUUACAGUUCAUGAGGCACGGGACCUUCCUGUGAUGGAUCGCGGAACAGGUCAGGCGGAUCCGUAUGUCGUACUUAAAUUGGACGACAUGGAGCACACCACUGACAUCGUGCGUCACACCCGACAUCCCGUUUGGAAUCUUGACUACCGUUUCGAUACCCCGGAUCUUUUGGUACUCCAAGAAGACCCACUUGUAGUGCGGGUGUAUGAUCACGAAAUCAUCAGCCGCGAUGAUCUAGUGGGGACUGUCCUAUUGGAUUGCAACUGCAUCCUCGGGCUGGAGAACCCCUUUUUAACAGGGUGGUUCCCUCUGCACGACACGAUUGAGGGCCUUCGUGGGGACAUCCGGCUGACGAUGCAAAUAAAGUUUCACGCGGCAGAAAACCCACUUAGGCCGACAUUACCGGAGCGUUACGUUUACCGCGUGCACAUGACACAAAUGGAGCAAGAUGCGGCCACUGGAGAGCGUCCGCGAGUGUUAAGUGAAGGUAAGAAAAAAGCCGAGCAAGAUGCUCUCCCAACCAAAACGAGCAAACCGGAAGUGUCGCCUUCUGGAAUUGCAAAGGGCGUCCCCUUCAGCGCCGCGCGAGUGUCGCCGAUGCACUCACCCACUCGUGCACGUGUAGUGAAAAGGAAUUUUAGUAAUGGCUGGUGCCGAUCCAAGUCGAAGACACCGAUCUUGUACUUGGGUCAAAGCCUUAGCCCGCUAACGACGACACAGUCGCUCCAUCCCACACUAGCUGCUGAAGAAGAAGGCAUCUAUAUCUUUGGAGCAUGGCGCUUGGACCCAGCGGUGUAUCGUGUUGAGUCCAUACAUUCUAUGGUAGAAGAGCUCAUUGUGAAGGCAGACCCUGAACAUUCACGUCUCACAAAUUUGCGCUCCAUCCGCGCAACAAAUGAGGCCCGCUUGAUUCAACUUUUCAAGCUCAGUGGCAAAGUUCGACGGCAACUCGCACGCAAAGUUGUGGAAAUGCGGUGUAAUGCAGUACUUGGCUAUGUGGAGGAGUUCGACAUUGAGCUAAAAGACAUCAUCGUGCGUGCCUAUGGAACGCCGUGUGUGAUCUCAACCACAACAUUUGUCGAUGAAAGCAACCUUCUGAAUGUAAGUACGGGGUGGCAGAGUCCAACCGGUGUAAUAGCCCCAUCCCAUACUUUAGGCCCCAGCGUUGUGGAAUCUGAUGUCUUUAGCUCACUACUGCUGUCACGUAUAGCCUCUGACGAAGCUGUAGCAAUCGGCGGCCCUCCAAAGCUCACUUUAGCCAAGGCUAGUAACCUCACUACAGCGGAGGAAUCGUCUGCCCCGCCGGACAUUCCGCUGAAAGACAUCGCUGAAACGUUACAGAACGAUAUCUACAAUGGUCAAAACAAAUCUUUCAUGCGCAAAGACAGUGUUGCACCGCUGCCUACUGUACCUCCAAAUAAAUCUCCGUUUUUGUCCAUCACGGCAUUUCCCACGUUUUCAGAUGGACAGACACCUGAUCAGGGGCUGCCCAUAGUGCGAUCGAAAUCGAAUCUUACAGAACCGCCAUCAUACUCAAGACCCACAGUGGCAUCGACACGCACUGCAAUUACCAUUAUUACCGUCAAAGACCUCCCCUCGGGGUGUAUUCUUCGUAUCGGUGGCCAUAUUUGCUCGCGUUCUGUCAAAAUCGUAUCCAGAGGGAAGUCGAAACAGGCCAUCUCACAGGAGCGUGACGCGUGGUGGAUGGAGCUGCGUGAGGAGCUACGCACAAACUCGCGUGCUUUCCACUGCAACGCCAUUCUUGGCUACGAAGAGGAGACGCAGUGUUACGAAGAUGUUAUCAUGCUUUCGUUAUUCGGAACCGCUGUUGUUUUGGACCCCUCCUAUGUCUCUCUCCGUGCGGAGCACACGUACCUUUUUCAUAAAGCCUGUAAGCGCUUGGAGACCAGGAAAAACUGCUCAAUGCUCCAUAGUUCCCAUGGCCCACAUAGUAAAGUCAUGAACUUUAAACGAAACUCUCCCACGCCGCACUUCCACGGCAUGCUUUGUCGAAUAUGCAGCCACAAGCCAGUCCCGGAAGUGAUUAUUGCGUCCUGUUCACUACCCGUUGACCUGGUCACUACAGGUCCACCACGGCUUGUCCAAGCGACAGUUGUCAAGUCCAAGCGCGAUGUUCGCGGUGUACAACUCGCCAUGGAAGUUUCGCAAGCACUACCCUAUAUGGAGUUUGCCUUGCACAAGCAGCUUCUCUUUAAUCUUCGGCUCCUCCGGAUGAACUCGUGCUUUGGUCUGCGAGUGUCAAUUGUGAUAGGACCGCAGUACAUCAUUGGGAUAUUAACAGGAACUGGAUUUCAGCUUGCUGCACUGCCGAUUCCAACCAUGCCUCGCGUAACGAUUGCUAAUUCUUUGAUUGCAAACAAUGAGCGUGUGAUACGACUUAAAGAUCUCAUCGCAAGGAAUCGUCGCAUGCACUAUGUAAAAGGUAUGGGUCUUAAAAAGCAACAACACCGUCACCAUCAACAUGAGGGUGGUCGUCAUGGUAACUCUUCUUCUUCUUCUUCGAGCACCACUUCGGCACUUUGGGGAGAACGAGCAGGAAGCCGCAGGAGCACUUCAUCGCCGAAGGUAUGUCACUCGUAUUCUUCAACGUCGUCGUCGUACUCCUCCACGAGUCUCUCAAAAAACCAAUGCUGUUCUCACAGCAGUAUCAGCUCCCGCCGUUUACUGCCCCCUUCGCUGAUGAAAAGCAAACACCACAACAGCGGCUCCACCUUAGGUGCGAUCUCGUCCCCAUCCACAAUGGGGUCCUCGACCGAGCGUGAGGUUUUCUGCAUUGAGGCCAGCGACUCCGACUCGAACGAUACCGAGGAUCUCCAUCGCCCCGCCGCGGAGGUGCAGGCCCUUCGACUCGGUGGCAGACGCGUCAGCGACUUUGUGAUCAAAAUCGACGACGAGGAUGAGGCGGAUCUGAUGUUGGGCAUGGAUUGCACAACGACUUUCGAGGAUAGCCUUUUGCUUACCGUGCCGUACCUUCCCGAGCAGGUCAAUUGGUUCGACACGCAGGAGUACGUGACCGUCCAUCGACGCUACGCCGUUGAUGAGUUGAACUCGCGGCAGCUGAACGAAUGCUGCGCCGACGCGAAACGCUCAUUCGUCGUGGCCGUGGGCUGCCUUACCUGGCAAGAAGGAACCCUCUCAAACGCGCAUCCCAACACUAGUAGGGGCGGGAGAAAGGAUGUUAAAGACCUGGUACGCAAUCUGUUUAAUGGCAUCGCGCGGGUGUUUGAGUUCAAAAUAAAAUUUAUUUUCGAUCAAAACCUGGGUGAUCUGCAUCUUCGCUUAGAGGGCUGCGUGCUGACGAACCAGAUGGCGAGGAUGGUGGGGGACGACAAGGAAAGCAGUUUUGGAUGGGGAAGUCUGCUUCGACUAGAGGACCAAGCCUUUCGAGAGUGCCUACGGCAUAGCAAUCUGGGGAUUUUAUACCGAAACUACCCUCCUAAUGGUGGAAGUAAGGAAACGAGUACCAUCAGCAACACCGUAGCGACUGUCACGUUGCGAAACUUCGCGGCCGCCCUGAUGGACUCCAGAAGAACGAGUAUGACGUUGGAUGACCUUUCGGACCGAGCCCCCACCGAUCCCGGCGUUACGCAUGAUCAAGAAGUAUCCUUACACCAAAGCUUUCCCUCUGGACUUAAGGUGGCAGCGGCCGUUUCUGACACCGCAAUUAAAGCAAUGGAAGGAAAGAGUUAUCAAGCCAAACGGCGUCUCACUAAUGACUCCCUAAGCAUCGAUCAGACUCGUGUUCUUUACGCGCUCUACCAACUGCUCUUCGCGUCUUGUAAUGCCCCUUUCAGCCUCACGUAUAUGCUGAACAGCUACCGAUUCGAGGUACCGCCGCUUCGGGUGCGGGCACCUGGCACGAACGACAAUACCACGGCGGGGUAUUUGCCCGUUUCUGGCGGGGGUGGGGUUGACAAUGCCUACAACAAACACAACAUCACAACCUACACGGACUACCGCAAGCGCAAACCGACCCGCUCGAACACGGUUGUGGGCCGCUGGCAAUCCCUCUGGUCCGCCACCAAGAGCUCCCUUCAUAGCGUGGUCGAGCGCACAAAGCAGGCCGCCAAUCUCUCCAAUGACUACUCCGUCAACAACAAAACAAGCCGAUUCGCAGGAUCCUAUAAGGCCAAAGGCGACCGAGGCGAGGCAAAGGCGGAGACGCUGGAAACCCAUUAUCACAGACCCACGGAGCGCCUUCCGUCGGAGCUGGGUGCGCUUGAUGAGCUCAUCUUCACCGUUCAUUGCACGCCGCUCGAUUACGUCCCUGGCAAAGUCAUCGUACGCUACCUCGGACGUCUCUCACAGCACUUCAUCCGUCAAUCCAAUGAUAUUAACAGGGGUGCACAACUCGGAAACUUUUACCAACAUGUGGAAUUUGAAAUACGGUGUUUGGUGCAGAGCCUGGUUGGCGUGAUGGGCGGAAACGCUAUUUUAAAAUACCGGAUUGUUUACCACGAGAUGAACGACUCCGACGGCUCCUGCUCCGCCUUUGUGUUCUUCUCCGUUACCGGGGAUGUCGUCCAUGUGAUUCCGGCGACAGACUUGAUUAACAGCGUGGACGAGAAAGAAACUAGCGCUGGGGAAAUGGCAGAUGACGUCACUACAGUGCCAUCGUUCACGUAA